GCUCAGGCGCUGGCGGGGAAGCCCCCACAUUCUCGUCUGCUCGGGGAGUCUGGAAUGAAAUUUUGUGUGUGUGCGCGCGACUGAAUUUUUCCCUCCCGGUGGCAAAGGCUUGAUAGUUGGACGAGCGGAGAGAGUUGCCGGAGCGGUGGUGGUGCUGCGUUGUCAGACGUAAAGGAACUCUCGUAGGAGGAAAGUAGAAGAAAGUGCUGAAUGCUGUGAUCGCUUUAGGAUGUCUUGGCGCGAAAGGCAUAUCGAUAGUCAUUAGUGUCAGAGACGAGCGAGAGAUCGGAGCAACGAGACACUCACUGUGAUAGUUUGGAAUUGUGUUGCGGUCUGGUUAGAGGAGGAAGGAACAACCCACAUCUGAGUGAGUGCUAGGCGGCUUGAGUUCGAACCUUCCACCUAGUACCUUCCUUCUUUCUGCACGUGGAACGAUCCUUCACCACCUGGAGUAAUGGUGUGGACGAGGUCAGCCGCGGGCGGCGUUCACGGAGGUGGCGCCCCUGUGAUGUGGGGACUAGGACUCCUACUGUGCAGUGUGUCUGCUGCCCUGGCGAUGCUGAUGGACAAGGUACCGCACAGGACUUCCAACGAUUUGUACAUCGAUCCCUGCAAGGCGGCCGGUUUCUGGGGAGACAUCGCCUUGUCGGACGAGGAGUACCGCAGCGCCAGGAAGAUGAUGAUGUCCCGGCGCGCCAACAGCUCAGACGCCGACGGUCUGUUUGAGAUACAGGUGGAAGACCCAGGGAUACACAGCCGGUACCACUACAAAAGUGUGGCCGAGAGGAAACGGCAGAUCGUAGCUGACCGGAAGUACCUGAGGAAAGUCAUCAAGGAAAAGCUGGCGGCUUUGAGGGAGCCCUGUGAAGACAGCUCCAAACGCCAAUGUCGCCAGGAAAAGGCCAUGCUGAGAGAGGAGGUGAAAAAGGCGCGCACCAAACUGAGGCACUUCAAGACUCUUCUACGGGACCUUCGGGGUCAAGCUAGACACAGCCGGGACAUGACCAGGGAGGCCAAGCUCACCCAAAGGCACCAGAUGGCGAGGAAGACCGCUAAGAGCAAAGAGAAGAAGGCGACGUGGUACACACCGAAGGCAAAGACCAACAGCACACAGAACUUUUGGGACAGGAAACGGAAGUCCCAGUCUAGACUUCACCACCACAGAGAGCGGCGUGCAGCCACAGCACGCAAAGACAGACUAUGGGACUACGGCGUCAUUCCUUUCAUGAUUGAGUCCAACUUCACAGGAGCCAACAAAGCCUUGUUCAAGCUGGCCAUGAGGCACUGGGAGAACUACACGUGCAUUACCUUCAAGGAGAAAGAGCCAGAAGAUCAGCAUUACAUUCUGUUCACGGAAAGGUCUUGUGGAUGUUGUUCCUUUGUGGGCAAGCGCGGAAACGGCGCCCAGGCCAUCAGUAUCGGCAAGAACUGUGACAAGUUUGGUAUCGUGGUGCACGAGCUGGGUCACGUGAUUGGCUUCUGGCACGAGCAUACCAGGCCGGACCGUGAUCAACACGUGCAGAUUAUAUACAAGAACAUCAUGCCCGGGGCGCACCCUCCAAGACUCGAGCUCCGAGUUCCUCCAUUCACCCACGCCCGGGCGGCCAGAGAUCUGCCGGUGGAGAAUCUCCGCUACUCACGGCGAGAAGAUCGUGCUGAACGUCACACGGCUGGACAUCCCUCAGUCCUACAACUGUGAGACGGACUACCUGGAGGUCAGGGACGGCUACUACAUCAAGUCGCCUCUGCUGGGACGUUUUUGCGGUGAGUUGAUCCCGGACACACUGACGUCAUCAGGCACCCGGAUGUGGAUAGAGUACAGGACAAGAAAUGGCGGCGGCAAAGGUUUCAACGCAGCCUACGAAGCUAUCUGCGGCGGAGAGAUCACCAGAGAGGAAGGGUUCCUCACCUCCCCCAACUACCCAGAUGACUACCGGCCCGACAAGGUCUGUGUGUGGAAAAUCACCGUGGGGCCAGACUUCACCGUGGCCCUCAAGUUCCAGUCUUUCGAGAUUGAGAACCACGACGACUGUGUCUACGACUAUCUUGAAGUCCGUGAUGGCCCCUCUGAAAUGUCUCCCCUCAUCGGCAACUACUGCGGCUACAAGAUCCCAGAGGACAUCAAGUCCACCGGAAGGCACCUCUACGUCAAGUUUGUCAGUGACGGCUCCGUGCAGAAGGCGGGAUUUUCUGCCACUUUUGUCAAAGAGUACAACGAGUGUGAGAAGGAGGAGCAUGGCUGUGAUCACGUGUGUGUCAACACCCUGGGCAGUUACCGCUGCUCCUGUAGGAUCGGCUACGAGCUGCACUCUGACGGCAAGAGGUGUGAAGCAAGACUGCGAGUAUGAUUCAGUGCGUGUGAGCAGUGGAAAGGGGAAGGAACUCAAACUACACGGCGUGUUCUGUGGCUACACGUUUCCAGCUCCAGUGACGUCAGAGGGCAAUACGCUCAGGAUCGAGUUCAACUCGGAUAACUCUGUACAGAAAACUGGUUUUACCGCUACUUUUAUGACAGACAAAGACGAGUGUGCUGUGGACAACGGCGGCUGUCAACACCUGUGUAAGAACACAGUGGGGAGCUACCAGUGCGCAUGUCACAACGGCUUCACUCUGCACGAUGACAUGCACGGCUGCAAAGAAGGUGGUUGCCAGUUUGAGAUCCGGUCCCAUUACGGCGUGAUCUCCAGCCCUAACUACCCUGAGUACUACCCAAGCCGCAAGGACUGCGUUUGGCAUCUGACCACCGUGCCCGGACACCGGAUCAGACUCAAGUUCCGAGUGUUUGAACUGGAACCCCAUCAGGAAUGUACGUACGAUCACGUCGUGGUGUUUGACGGAGACGACAGCACCGCCCGAAGCCUGGGCAAGUUCUGCGGUGCCCUUGUGCCUGAGCCAGUCACCUCCAGUGGGAACAGAAUGUUCAUGCUCUUCUUCUCCGAUGCCUCGGUACAGCGCAAGGGAUUUGAGGCUGAACAUGAUACAGUGUGUGGAGCCCAUCUUGUAGCCACUGCCGCCCCUCAGUCCCUGGUCUCUCAUGCUCGCUACGGGGACCACCACUACGACAACAGGGAGGACUGUGAGUGGAAGAUACAGGCCAAGGAAGGUCACCGCAUACAGCUCAAGUUCACGGCCUUUGACCUCGAGGAUGAGGCAGAGUGUGGAUAUGACGUUGUCACAGUGUACGACGGGCUGAAGGACACGGAUCCCAUUCGAGGAAACUUCUGUGGUGGAGAGAUCCCAGAACCGAUCACGUCCAGCACUGAGUAUCUACUGAUCCGUUUCCGCUCGGAUGACACCAUCAACUGGAAAGGCUUCAGCGCCUCCUACCAGCUAGCCACGCCCCCGCCCGACUACGUAGAGGGCAAAGAUAUCUACGACCUUGAGGGGGACUUUCUCUGAGUGAAGGGCAGGGCGCGGGGUUUGCAGUGCCAGCCCCCACACAGGAGCAGAUAUGACCUUCGACCUCCACAAACCAUGUGCUCAAUUUGAGCACCACGGAGGUCCUGAUGCUUAUUUUCAACAUGUCAUACAUGCGAUACAGUUCUCCCAGUUUGUUUGGGGGGGUUUUAUAUGAAAAUUUUAAAAACAAAAUCAAGAAAACCAAUGUCAUAUGAGUUCAAUUUUUAAGUAUGUGGAUAUUGUAAGUUUGUUAAUUUUGUUUCUCUUAUCUUUUUUUUUGUUGCUGUGGGAUUGAAAUACAGAAUUGUGUAUAUUAAAAGUCUGUGUCCAUGAAGAAUUGCAUUCAUAACAGCCAACUCAAAUAAAUAUCUCCAUUUUAAAGUACUGGGAGUUUUUUCUGGGGGGGGGGGGGGGGAGAAAAUAAAAAAUGUUAUCAAUUUUUUAUGCUGGGGAGGGGAAUGUGACUGAGAAUUGAGAAUAUAAAUUAGAUGCCAUUAUUCGUGACAUCAGCACUGUGCUUCAUUUAAACUUCUGUCUAAUCCUUAAAAGCCAGUGCUUUUUAAGAUUACAGGUUCAUUUGAUUAUACAAAGGCAUAAUAUAUUUAUGAUGAGCAGUGCCCCUUUUCAUGUUAGCUUUAUUAGGUCGGAUAUUUGAUCUAGGGUCCGGUCAAAGAAAUCAUCAUAAAAGUGACCAGAAAGAUUAUUAUUAAUACUGUGCAUUGAGUAAAAAGUCACCUUUCUAGUUCAUGAAAUCAUGAGAUAUUGAAGUCUAUGGCAGCUGCUGGGUUAUUUUUUUAAGUGUUGUAGCUUCUGCUUGAGUAAGGAAAAAAGUUCUUCACUUGUUUUUAUGUAUGGUACUUUCAGCCUUCAGCAUUACUUUUAGCUUAAUUUGUUAUCAACGAAAUGUGCUUUAUGAUGUCCGCAUGAAGCUGGUCAUGGUUCCUUCAUGGUGAAGUUUAGAGCAUUUUAUCACCAAGGUCACUGCAAUUCAAGAAUUUGUUUUAAAACAUAAAUAUUUAAAACAAGUAAUGAUGAAUGCUUAAAAAUGACCCUUUAUCUGGGGGGGAAAAACCUUACUUUUUGUAUUUCAAUGAUAAGGAAAUAGGUUUUUGAUUGACCUUCUUGAGUGAAGAGUCUCCUCAAUUUCUGUUUAUACUCAAAUAUUUACAGAAGACCCCAAAAAAUGUCUACCUUUUACUCUUUUCAGCAAAAGUAUAAAAUUUGCUAUCUUUUUAGAAGGGUUUUAUUGUACGAAUAUCCUAGGGUGUUAUAAAAAAAAUUGUUAUGACUUGGAACUCAAAAUGUUUCAAAUUCAAGAACUGUUCCCUGUUUUUAAUUUCUUCGUUUGGCCUUAGAAAGUGAAUACUUUGAACUUUCCAUAGUAUUCAAGGAACAGACAGAGUGAGGGGGAUUAAACGCACAAAAUCUGUAUCAUCUGUAAGCUAUUCUAUUGUUCGAAGCCCAGAAAGUCAGAUUGCAAAAUUUUUCAAGAGUGAGAAAAAAAAAUAUUCCGUUCUUUUAAUAACGAUUGUUCCUACAUUAUGUAUGUUUUCUUACUUUCUCCAACUUUGAGAAGUUGAAUUUCGACAAGUUUUUCUAGAGCACAUACAACCGAUACCACAGAUUAGGAAACUGCAAUUAUAUAUUUUUUUAAUUCAAUGUUUUGGGCUUUGUACAUCUGAAAAGCUAGCUGAUGGUAUACAUAUAUUGCCAAAUCAUGUCCACUCAUAAAAAAACCAAGCCAAUGGGGCUCCUUGUGCUGCGUGUGAGUGGGAAGAGGGAGAUGGUAUUUGCCCCUGUGUGGAGAGCUCUGGCCACAACGGUGCGAGGUCUGGGCCGUACUAUUGUGAUAUUGUUAUUCUGUGUCUGUUAUGAGUCACCUGCUUAGAGAACAGAGGGAGAGAGAAUCGAACUCCAGCAAUACAGUGUUGAAGAACGCAGUGAUCAAAACACCACUCGGCUUUGUCCUCUCAGACUUUGCCUUGUCUGUCUGUCUGUCUAUCUGUCUAUCUGUGUGUCUGUCUGUCUGUCAAUUGAACAAUGGAUGUUUCAUUUAUUUGAGAUGGAUUACCAGUGUGAAAUAGGGGUACUAAAAUGUACAAUGGUUUGUUUAUUAAAUGUAACCAUAUUCGUGCAUUUGAUUGUUGUGAGUGUGUGUGUGUGUAUGUGUGUGAGUGUGUGUGUGUGUAUGUGUGUGAGUGUGUGUGUGUAUGUGUGAGUGUGUGUGUAUGUGUGUGAGUGUGUGUGAGUGUGUGUGUGUGUGUGUGAGUGAGUGUGUAUGUGUGUGUAUGUGUGUGCGUGCAUGUGUGUGUGUGUAAGUCAGUGUUUGGUUGAGAGUGUAUUGCAUAUCUGAUGAUGUGUAUGUCUGUGCUGAAGUAUUUGACCGUGAAAGUCAAAGAAGAUAGCCUGCUCAAACACCAACCUGUCACUACUCUCUCAACUUUACUUUUUCUUUUUUCCUUCAACACGGCUUUAUAACUUUAAGUCAUUUUAAAUGCAGUUGUUUUCUGACCAAAGCUGAAGUAAUUUUACCAGCCAAAUUCCAGAUUUAGUCUGGCGAUCUAGUUGGUUUUAAGUUCUCAAGUUUGAAUUAUUUUUCAGUUGGAGAGAUUUUAUACUUCAUAGAGUGUACUUUCCAGACUUGGGUAAUAAAAUUGGUUUUCGUUUUUGUGGUGGUUAUUCGGCUGAGGUGAAUUUACACAAGAAGUAUUACUUUUCUCUCUCACGAUGAUGACAUAAUGCUUACAUUGCACACGACUGUAACUGGAUCAAGAGCCGUUUUUCAAAUUGCCUUUGAAGUUUCAUAAAAUUGUUUGUCCUCAUUAGUCCACAAGUGCACAGGCUACUAGAUUUAUUUUUACAAGAGUAUUAAGGAAGUAAUGCUUUGUUCUUAGAAGAUCUGAGUUUUUACUCUUAUCUUAUUCUCUCAUGUCUGUGUUCAUUUUAAAUUUUUUCUGUAAAAACUUGUGUAAUGUUCCAAUGCCCUCAAAUGAGCUAGUUGUUUUCAAAACUGGACAAGUACUGAAGAAAGAGAGAAAGAAACAAUGAGAGAGAGAGGGGAGGAAGACAGGCAGAGGUUGUUGCUCUAUUCUCUUUAUUAUCCUUACUCACCCCUAUCAUCUGUGAAAGCAGAAAAAUAUGAAUGUGUAAAAAACUUUCGCCUGCAUUUUUGGUAGGCUAUCCUAACGAGACAUUGUUUGAAUUGGCAAUAGUUGCAGGACCAUUGUGUUGACUAAUUCCUGUCCACAUAUAAGUCUGUUUUGUCUUUGUGACUUUGGUUUGGAGGAGAGGGGGCUGGUUGCAUUAUUACCCCAGUUCUGAGUGACAGCUGUGUUGUGUGAGCGUACGCGUAUAUCGUGGUGGUCUGUGUACAUCAAUGUUGUCACUGUGUGCGUCUGUGAGUGUGUCUGUAUCUGUAUGUGUUAUGUCUGCUGUGUCACGUGAGCAGAUACUGUGCUGUCUGUGUACAUCGAGGUGUCUGUGUGUGUGUGUGUCUAUGAAUGUGUUUGUUGUGCUGUGUCUGCUGUGUUGUCAAGUGCUGAGGUAUAUACCGUGCAGGUGGUUCCACACACACGGAGGCUCAAAUGAGAUUUUUGAAUUCCCAUUGUUGUAUCUUUGUCACCUGAUGAAUGUUUUAUCAAUCUCUUCUUUACAGGCAUGAAGUGCAGAAACCACCUAAUGUGUAAUGUAAUUCAGUAUUUUCAUAGCAAUAGAUAAUUAUUUGAAUAUUGUGAAUUUGUUUCUGUUGUUAGGUUGUGAUGUUGAGUUUUCUCAGUCACACAAGAUAUUUACUCCCACUUGAACAGAAGAUGGCAUAAAAACUUUUGUUUUACUCACCGAUAUUUGGAUGUUGUUUUGUUUAAUGGUUGCGUCAUAGAGGCCUCACAUUUUGCUGUACUCGUUUUGAUCACGUAGGCCGAUCAAUCUAUGUCUUUGAAUUGAACAUGUGUUUUGCUACUUUUGUUCAGUCAUUGGAUCGAUGUGUGUACUCAUACUAAAAAAAACAUUGUGUUCAUGAACUGCACUUAUUCUUUGCUAAUACUUUUCGCACUUGUGCAUAGUAUAUCUCAGUCUGCUGUACUGUUCUCAUCGUGAGCCCUCUCAACCUGAACUCUGGGAUGUGUUGUCAGCAAUGUGACUGACACACUGGCUUUUGGGAAAAGAAAAAGUGGUGGGAGGAAAGGUUUUUAGUCUUAAUAAGAGUUUUACAACACUUGCAACGCAAAUAAGUCACAAGUGUUGAAGAUUAGAGGUGUUACCAGAGAGUAGUAUACAAGAAAAGGAAGAGAGAUGACGACUUACACCAUAGCACCUGCUAAUUGCCCAUGGGAGGAAACGAUGGCAAUGUAUUGAGAAGUAAAAGUUGUGAGGGAUGUUGAUGGAUGGGCUUGUAGCGCUGUGGAAAAAGUAAAGAACAAAGGCGGAGAGAGGAAAAACCUGCAUAAAGGAAGGAGCGAAUCAUUAAUUAUACAGAAAGGAAUUUACUCAAGGAAUUGAAAAGAGUGGAAACAAAAGUUCAUUUUAGAGGCACGUGUUAAUAAAUCAGACGAAGGGUAUGGGUUGUAGGUUACAAAUAUGUUGUAGUAUUUGUAGUAAACGUUUAAUUCCCUCGUCGAUAAAAGUUAGAUCAUUUGAGAGGUCGACGACUCCAACAGGAGCUCACUAGAGAUACACCUCAGAAGAAAGACGGGGAUACUUGAUGAAAUUCUUCUUUGGUCCGAAAUUCGCACCUUAUAUACUCAAGGAAAAGCGUCUAAAUUAUUCCCAAGAUAGUAGCCUUGUCAUGAGGGUGGGAAGAAAGAAAGAAGGAAAUAAAUGAGUGGAACUUCCUGAUGUGAAAGUUCCCUUAAACUGAAGAAAGAGUUCAGAUGUGAGAGUGCCUGCCUUGAUAAUGGUACAGCGAUGAGAAUUGAACCUGAUGUACAAAUAAUUUAUAUAUGACAAAAAGCCCAUCGAAAAUUGGCUGGUAACUGAGUGUGAAUAUAUGAAUGUAAAUUAGAAGUACUGUCGAAUACAGAUCAAUGUAGUCCAAAA